AGGGACAGAGACACCAUGCCCAACCAUGUCAUGGCCACCCAGCCCAAAGCCCUGUCACAGCACCUGGGUAAAGUCUUGCCAGCCGCUCCCCUGCCACCUGUCCCCUUGAUGUCCCCAUCCCCUUUGCCACCCAUGACACUGGACUGGCACUUGGCACUGCAGUGCAACUGGGAGGAGAGUGGGCGGUACACCCGUGCCAGCAGCAGGAAUGUUACCGGCAGUGAGCCGGAAGGGCAUUGCUUGGGCAACCAGCCUGGCACAGCUCCUCCUGCGUGCUGCUGGCCUGUCUGUGCCUGCCUGCAUGGCUCCCACUGCCUGCUGAACCCACUGCCUGCCUGCGGCAGCUGUCUACCCACACCUGCACCUGACCUGCCCGCAACCACUGCCAGGCUGCCGGCACCUGCGGCCAGCCUGCAUCCGCUGCCUGCCUGCGCUCACUGCCCGCACACCUGCACCCGCUGCCUGCCUGCACCCCCUGCCUCCCCACUCGCCCUGCGCCUUCCUGCACCCGCUGCUUCCUGCACCCACUGCUUGACUGCCCGCACCUGCUACCACCCCACUCAUGUUGAUCCAGUCUUCCUGGACUCUGGCAACCACAGCCGCGGGGCCGCCAGCCAGGCCCCGGCCAUGAGCCGCACGCUGCUCCUGCUCCUGCUCCUGCUGCGUGGCCCCGCUGCUGCCACCAGCCGCCCCCCACCUGCUGCCACCCCCCGCCUCAAGCUGGCCUUCCACGAGCUGCGGGCUCGUCACGGGCUGCGCCUCUUCACGCUGGAGCGCUCCUGCUGCUACGAGGCCCUGCUGCUGGACGAGGAGCGUGGCCGCCUCUUCGCUGGAGCCCAGAACAACCUCCUCUCCCUGGCACUGGAUGACAUCAGCCAGCGGGACAGGAAGAUCUACUGGCCAGCACAGGUGGAGUGGAGGGAGGAGUGCAACUGGGCUGGCAAAGACAUCACUGCCGAGUGCAUGAACUUCGUGAAGAUCCUGCACCCCUACAACCGGACCCACCUGUAUGCUUGCGGCACUGGUGCCUUCCACCCCGUCUGCGCCUUUGUGGAGGCUGGCCAGCACCCAGAGGAGCCCAUCUUCAAGUUGGACCCCCGGCACAUAGAGGAUGGCAAGGGGAAGAGUCCCUAUGACCCCCAGCACACAGCUGCCUCCGUCCUCGUGGGCGAGGAGCUCUACUCCGGGGUGGCCACCGAUCUGAUGGGCCGUGACUUUACCAUCUUCCGCAGCCUGGGCCGGCGUCCCUCCAUCCGCACUGAGCAGCACGACUCCCGCUGGCUCAACGAACCCAAGUUCGUGGCCAUUUUUUGGGUGCCAGAGAGCGAGGACCCCGAUGAUGACAAGAUCUACUUCUUCUUCCGCGAGACGGCGGUGGAGCGGCAGCAGGGGCUGGGCAAGACCAGCUUUGCUCGCAUCGGCCAGAUCUGCCGGAACGAUGUGGGGGGACAGCGCAGCCUGGUGAACAAGUGGACAACCUUCCUGAAGGCUCGGCUCGUCUGCGCCGUGCCAGGACAAGAUGGGGCAGACACCCACUUUGAUGAGCUCCGGGACGUGUUCCUGCUGCAGACAAGGGACAAGCGCAACCCUCUGGUCUACGCUGUCUUCUCCACCUCCAGCUCAGUUUUCCAGGGCUCAGCUGUCUGCGUCUACACCAUGGCCGACAUCCGCCGGGCUUUCCUGGGCCCCUUCGCACACAAGGAGGGUCCCAACUACCAGUGGGUGUCAUACCAGGGACGCGUGCCGUACCCCCGCCCAGGCAUGUGCCCCAGCAAGACCUUCGGCACCUUCAGCUCCACCAAGGACUUCCCAGAUGAGGUGAUCCAGUUUGCCAGGCACCACCCGCUGAUGUACAACCCAGUGCUGCCCCACGGCCAGCGUCCCCUUUUCCUACAAGCUGCUGUGCCCUACACCUUCACCCGCAUUGCUGUGGACCGUGUCACUGCCGCUGAUGGCCACUAUGAUGUCCUCUUCAUUGGCACAGACAUUGGCACGAUGCUGAAGGUGGUCUCGGUGCCCAAGGAGAGCUGGCACCGCAUGGAGCCGCUGCUGCUGGAGGAGCUGCAGGUCUUCCAAGAUGCUUCACCCAUCACCAGCCUGCAGCUCUCCUCCAAGCGGCAACAGCUCUACGCUGGCUCAACCACAGCACUGGCCCAGCUGCCCCUGCACCGCUGCAGCGCCUAUGGCAAAGCCUGUGCUGAGUGCUGCCUGGCCCGCGAUCCAUACUGUGCCUGGGAUGGCGCCACCUGCACCCGCUACAUCCCCAACACCAAGAGGCGUUUUCGCCGGCAGGACGUCCGCAAUGGUGACCCCAAUGCACUUUGCUCUGAAGACCCCCGGCGCGGCAGCGUGCCCCAGAAGCAGCUCUAUGGGGUGGAGGGCAGCACCGCCUUCCUGGAGUGCAUCCCCAAAUCCCUGCAAGCCCACAUCCUCUGGACAUACCAGCGCACCCGGGAUGAUCCCCAGCGAGAGGUGCAGGUGGAUGAGCGGGUGGUGCGAACGGAGCGGGGUGUCCUGCUGCGCAGCGUGCAGCACGCCGACGCCGGCUUCUACCUGUGCCACGCCACCGAGCACGGCUUCACCCAGCCGCUUCUGCGGCUCUCCCUGGAGGUGAUCGGCACCCGGCAGGCAGCAGGCGUGGCCCCCGCCAGCGACACCCAGCUUGUCGCUGCUCCCCCUGGCCACAAGGUCUGGUACAGGGACUUUCUCCAGCUGGUGGAGCGCCCACCGCUGGGGGCUGUGGACAGGGUCUGUCAGCGGCUCUGGAGCCGGGGGAGACCUCCACCGCCCCCCCGUGCCUACGCUGGACCCCCCGGCCGCAGGCAGGGCGAGGAGCCGCGCAAAGCCCGCCGCCGGCGCACCCAUGAGGGGCCGCGGGCCGAGCGGGGCCCCCGCAGUGCAUCCCCCUGGUGACCCUGGGGCUGGCCCCGGGCACCAGGCUCUGCCUAGGAGCGGGGCUGCGGGCAGGGGCAAAGCCCCCACCAGUCUCGGCUGCCCCACCAGCAGCACUGGAGCAGGGCACGGGCAGCAGUGGGAGCUACAGCUCUGGGGCCAGGAGGGCAGCCGGGCUGACCACCGAGGGGCCACCAGCCAGCCACCUGUGCCACUGGCUCCAGCGCCGGUGCGGGGACUGAGCCAGCUGCUGGCACCGCAGUGUCACCAAAAUAUUUAUUAACAACUGUUACAGAUGAAUGUAAACCUGCCCCUGGGCAUGGCACCACUGGGGACAGGACAGCAGGGCCACCCUCGGGUCCCAGGGGUCUGUGUGUGGGAGCAGGACCCUGGGGGGGCAGGAUGGGCAUUGGCGGGAUGUGGGGGCCAGGCUGGAGGAAGGGUGCCCAGAAGGAGGUGUCGUGGGGGCACAGAGGUGGUGCCCAGCAGCCCAGGUACAGAACAGCAACACAUAUGGGCUUGUACUAAUUGAGCACAAUAAAGCAGAGGAUUCAGCCCA